UGGUCGCUUGUAACGAAGCCUUUUGGUCUCGCGCAAGGACCAUGGUCCACCCUAGGACAGAUUGCCAACGAGCCUGCAGUUCAGGAGGCAUGGAGUAGAACACGCCAGCAGCAGCGCCAGUGGUGACCAUCGGUCUGCCUCAUGUCCGCGGCAACGUCUUUCCUGCCUGUGCUGCCGUGGCACGCGCAGCGCGCGACUCAGCCGCUCCGCCAUUCGCCAUUGCCAUCUGCCCCGCGCCUUCCACCCGCGCCACCCCUCCGCCCCGUCGUCGUUGCCAGGGCCGUCGACCCGCUGCCGCGCGCUGCAUGCGGCGACCAGCCACCCGCCGCACGGCCCGUCCGCGCUGCCACUGACGGCGCGCACCGCCGCUGCCAGCUCGUCCAUCUUCCGUCGCGCGUUGCGCGCUCCCUCGACUGGGCCGCCAGCCUCCCAUCCCUCCUCGCCGGGCCCGCCUCCGCCGCGCUCCUACUGGCGCUCGUCGCGCAGGGCCUCGCGCUGCCGCCCGCUGCCGCCGUUGCCGCCGCCGCCGCUGGAAUGCCGGCGGAAACGGCGGAAGCAGCGGCGGUGAGGGAGGCGGGCAUGGAGGCGCGGGGAAUGCACGCUUGCUCCGCGGAUGGCGGGGAGGGGCAAGCGGCAGAGCGAUGGUGCGCGCAUGUGGCAGCGAGCGACACGAGUACCACAGGCGCAGCGACGGCGGGAGUGAGGAGCGGCGGAGAGCGGUUUGGUCUGGGGGAACGGCUGAGGAGCAGAUACGUGCUGCUGAGGCACGGGCGGAGCAUGGCGAACGAGCGAGGGCUCAUCGUGAGCAGCCUGGCCAAUGGCGUGUCGACGGAGUUUGGGUUGGCUCCUGAGGGCAGGCAGCAGGCACAGAGAGCAGGGCGGCUGCUGGGGGAGCUGCUGGAGAAGCAGGGUGUGUCAGUGCAGGAUGUGAUUAUAUUGGCGUCUCCCUUCAGCCGCACGCAGCAGACAGCAGCAGAAGUGGCCAGGGUGCUGGGAAUCGACGUCCAGGGCACGCGCUUCCAGACUGCAGAGGAGCUGAGGGAGCGUUACUUCGGCCAGCGCCUGGAGCUCAACUCGCAUGAUCUUUACCCGGCAGUGUGGGUGGACGACAGGCGCGACGCAGGGUUUGCUCCGGGUGGCGACGGGGAGAGUGUGCUGGCCGUGGCGCACAGAGUGGCGCGCCUCAUUCAGCGCGUUGAGGAGGACGUGGACGGGAAAGUGAUCUUACUGGUGAGUCAUGGUGACACUCUACAGAUUGUCAACUCUCUUCUCUUCUCCUGCAACUUACUACCGUCGUCAUUUAUCCUACCUGAAGGGAUUCUGGAAUCUUCACCAGUUCCGGAUCCCACCGUUCACAUGCCUCUGCAUAGGUUGUUCGCCUUUCAAACGGGGGAAUUAAGGCCCCUGAAUAUCUAGGACGUGACGUGUUACGGUACUCCUCAUGGGGUCUGAGCAGCGUUGCAAUAUACACCGUGGCGUUUUGAGAAUGUAAACACAUUCCGAAUCUAUUGUAAGCAGGCAUGUACACUACAGUU